GCGCUCCCGCCGCCCGGGGCCGCUCCCCUCAGCCAUGGUCUUGGAGUCGGUGGUCGCGGACCUGCUGAACCGCUUCCUGGGCGACUACGUGGAGAACCUGAACAAGUCUCAGCUCAAGCUGGGGAUCUGGGGCGGUAAUGUGGCUUUAGAUAAUCUGCAGAUAAAAGAAAAUGCUCUGAGUGAAUUGGAUGUACCUUUUAAAGUCAAGGCUGGCCAAAUUGAUAAAUUAACGUUGAAGAUCCCCUGGAAGAACCUGUAUGGAGAAGCAGUUGUUGCCUCCCUGGAGGGAUUGUACCUGCUUGUCGUCCCUGGAGCCAGUGUUAAAUAUGAUGCUGAGAAAGAAGAAAAAUCCUUGCAGGAUAUUAAACAAAAAGAACUUUCCAGAAUUGAAGAAGCCCUACAGAAAGCAGCAGAGAAAGGUGCCCAUUCAGGAGAGUUCAUAUAUGGCUUGGAACACUUGGUUUGCAAGGACGUCAAGCCUGGACGUAAGCGUAAAAAGCACAAAAAACAUUUUAAGAAACGUUUCAAAGGUCUUGACCGCUGCAAAGAUAAGCCUAAAGAAGCAAAAAAGGAUACGUUUUUGGAAAAAUUGGCGACUCAAGUAAUAAAAAAUGUACAAGUAAAAAUUACAAAUAUCCAUAUUAAAUAUGAGGAUGAUGUCACUGAUCCAGAGAGGCCUCUUUCAUUUGGUGUCACACUGGGAGAAUUUAGUCUACUGACUACAAAUGAACAUUGGACUCCAUGUGUAUUAAAUGAAGCUGAAAAAAUUAUAUAUAAGCUUAUGAGACUUGACAGUCUUACUGCCUACUGGAAUGUGAACUGCUGUCUGUCUUAUCAUGGGUCAAGGGAACACAUCUUGGAUCAGUUGAAAUGUGAAAUUCUUACCAGCAGUAAUAUACCUCCAAACCAUCAGUACAUUUUCCAGCCAGUCUCAGCCUCUGCAAAGUUCUACAUGAAUCCUUAUGCAGAGACAGAGCUCAGAACGCCCAAACUUGACGGGAACAUUGAAGUGCAGAACAUUGCCAUUGAACUGACCAGGCCGCAGUACCUGAGUAUGAUUGACCUUCUGGAGUCAGUGGAUUAUAUGGUCAGAAAUGCCCCUUACAGGAAAUACAAGCCUUAUCUUCCACUUCACACCAAUGGUCGGCAGUGGUGGAAGUAUGCAAUCGAUUCUGUUCUUGAAGUUCACAUAAGAAGACGCACACAGAUGUGGUCAUGGAGCCACAUGCAAAAGCACAGGCAGUUACUGAAGACUUACAAAACUGCUUACAAAACCAAGUUAACGCAGACCAAGGUCUCAGAAGAAUUGCAGAAGGAAAUUCAGGACUUGGAGAAGACUCUGGAUGUUUUUAACAUAAUUUUAGUAAGGCAGCAAGCACAAGUCGAGGUGAUUCGAUCUGGGCAAAAAUUAAGGAAAAAGUCUGCGGACACAGGCGAGAAACGCGGCUGGUUUAGUGGGUUCUGGGGAAAGAAAGAGUCCAAGAAAAAAGAUGAUGAUUCAUUGAUUCCUGAGACUAUCGAUGACCUUAUGACCCCGGAGGAGAAGGACAAGCUCUUCACUGCCAUUGGGUACAGCGAGAGUAGCUACAACUUAGCUUUGCCCAAGCAGUAUGUUGCCCAUAUAAUGACCCUGAAGUUAGUAAGCACAUCUAUUAUAAUAAGAGAAAAUGCAAAUAUUCCAGAAAUACUAAAAAUUCAGAUAAUUGGCUUGGGCACCCAAGUUUCUCAGCGACCAGGAGCACAAGCCCUCAAGAUAGAAGCGAAGUUAGAGCACUGGUAUAUCACAGGGCUGAAACAGCAAGACACUGUGCCAUCCCUUGUGGCUUCAAUUGGUGACACCGCAUCAUCCUUGCUUAACAUUGAGUUUGAAACCAAUCCCGAGAAUAGCUCUGCUGACCAGACUCUGCUGGUGCGGUCCCAGCCCGUGGAGGUCAUCUAUGAUGCCAAAACCAUCAACGCUGUGGUUGAGUUUUUUCAGUCAAAUAAGGGUUUGGAUCUUGAGCAAAUCACAUCAGCCACAUUGCUGAAGCUGGAAGAAAUUAAAGAGAGAACAGCUGCAGGACUGACACAUAUUAUUGAAACUCGAAAAGUCCUUGAUUUAAGGAUACACCUAAAGCCUUCUUAUCUAAUAAUUCCGCAGACAGGUUUUCACCACAAAAAGUCCAAUCUUCUAAUUUUAGAUUUUGGUACAUUUCAGCUCAACAGUAAAGACCAAGACCAAGCUUUACAGAAGACAGGUAAUUCCUCUCUGGAAGAAAUAAUGGACAAAGCAUACAACAGGUUUGAUGUGGAAGUCAAGAGUGUGCAGCUGCUCUUUGCCAAGGCAGAGGAAAACUGGAAAAAGUGUCGGUUUCAGCAUCCAUCAAGCAUGCAUAUCUUACAGCCCAUGGAUAUUCAUGUCGAGCUGGCCAAGGCAAUGGUGGAAAAGGAUGUUAGAAUGGCCAGAUUUAAAGUGUCAGGCGGACUUCCUCUGAUGCAUGUCCAAAUUUCUGACCAGAAGAUGAAGGAUGCUCUGUGCUUGAUUGACAGUGUACCUUUGCCACAGAAAUCCUCUGCACAGCCCCCAGAGAAACAGGUAUCCUCAGUUCACAUUAUUUCAGAUGGGACAAAAGGUCUGCUUGGUACUUCACUUUUGCUAGAUGGUGUAGAAUCAGAGUCUGAUGAUGAGUAUUUUGAUGCUGAAGAAGGAGAUCCGCAGAUUGCUAGAAGCCUGAAAGGAUCGGAGCUGAAGAGAGCUGCAGAAGCCCCACAUGAGGAGCUUAUUAACUUUCUAGUCAACUUUGAGAUUAAGGAAGUGAUUUUGGAGUUUACUAAACAGCAGAAAGAAGAGAAUACAAUUCUUGUUUUUAAUGUUUCUCAGUUGGGAAUGGAAGCUACAGUGAGGACAUUUGACUUAAAUGCAGUUUCUUAUUUAAGGAAAAUCAGCUUGGAUUACUAUGACAUUAAAGGAUCCAAAAAGAAGCCCGUUCACUUGAUUAGCUCUUCUGACAAGCCUGGUUUAGACCUUUUAAAAGUGGAGUACAUUAAGGUUGAUAAGAAUGGACCUAGUUUUCAGACUAAGUUUGAAAAAACUGAACAAACUCUUAAGGUGGCCUUUUCUUCCUUAAAUCUGUUGCUACAAACACAAGCUCUUCUCUCUUCUCUUAACUACUUGGCCACCAUCGUCCCAUCCGAGGAUCAGAGGAUGGGUGUUACGAAGGAGGUGCGGCCUUCAGCUGAGAAGCAGAAGCACUCAGCUCUGCAGAGAGUGAUGGCACCCUCUAAAGACAGUGACAUUAUUGGCUUUAGGCUGUUGGCCAAAUUUAAUGCCUUCUGUGUUACUGUUGGUGAUGAGAAGAGCAAUAUUGCGGAAAUCAAGAUACAAGGCCUUGAUUCCUCCCUUUCUCUUCAGUCAAGAAAGCAAUCUCUUUUUGCCAGGCUGGAAAAUAUUAUUGUCACCGACGUUGAUCCUAAAACAAUUCAUAAAAAAGCUGUGUCAAUCAUGGGAAAUGAAGUUUUUCGUUUUAACCUGGAUCUCUAUCCAGAUGCUACCGAAGGGGACUCUUACUCUGACAUGUCCAAAGUGGAUGGUGUGGUGUCACUGAGUGUGGGCUGCAUUCAGAUCGUCUAUCUUCAGAAGUUCCUUAUGUCACUUUUGAACUUCCUGAACAAUUUCCAGACGGCCAAGGAGGCUGUGAGCGCGGCCACUGCCCAGGCUGCGGAAAAGGCCGCCACGAGCGUGAAGGAUCUCGCACGGCGGAGUUUUCGUGUUUCGGUCUGCGUUGAUUUGAAGGCUCCGGUUGUCGUCAUCCCGCAGUCUUCCAGCUCCACCAGCGCCAUCGUGGUGGAUCUUGGAUUAAUCAAAGUUCAGAACCAGUUCAGCCUGGUGUCGGGUGAAGACACCUCCAGUCCUCCAGUGAUCGAUCGAAUGGACGUGCGGCUCACACAGCUGAAACUUUCUAGGACAGUGAUCCAGCCAGGCAUCUCCCAUCCUGAUAUUCAGAUAUUGCACCCAAUUAACUUGGAGUUUUCUGUAAAUCGAAAUCUAGCUGCAAAUUGGUACUAUAAGGUGCCUGUUGUUGAAAUUAAAGGAUGUCUUGAUUCAAUGAAUGUUAGUCUAAACCAAGAAGAUCUUAAUCUUUUAUUCAAAAUACUAGCAGAAAAUCUCGGUGAAGCUACUGACCACUUGGAUCCAGUGAAACCAAGAAUACAAGAGAUAGGUGAAAUUAAAGAGCCUCGUGAAAGUUCUGUGACACAAGAUGUGCGUCCUUCCCAAGAUACUGUAGCAGCUGGAGUGGAAGAAAUCAGAUCUGUAGAUAUCAUUAAUGUACUUCUAAAAUUUGAAAUUAAAGAGGUGGUGCUUACUUUAAUGAAGAAAGCAGAAAAGCAAGGAACACCUUUACACGAGCUAAGUAUCCUGCACCUUGGAAUGGAAACCAAAGUGAAGACCUAUGACAUGACUGCUAAGGCUUAUCUUAAAAAAAUUAGCAUGCGAUGUUUUGACUUCACUGACUCUAAAGGGGAGCCUCUCCACACUGUGAGCUGCUCCAAUGUGACUGAUGAACCCCUGCUGAGAAUGCUGCUGACCAAGGCAGACAGUGAUGGACCAGAUUUUAAAACCAUUCAUGAAAAUACCAAACAGAAACUAAAGGUCUCAUUCUCAUCCCUGGACCUGGUGCUUCAUCUGGAAGCUUUGCUUUCCCUUAUGAACUUUUUGUCAUCUGCUACUCCGUCCUCUGAAAGGUCCUCUUCUGAGAAGGAGUCCGAGCUGAAACCACUUGUGUCCAGGAGUUCUGCCGUCAAAGCUGCAUCCAGUACCAGUCACAGAGAGGACGCGUUUGACUUGAAGGUCACAGCUGAAUUAAAUGUGUUUCAUGUCUCGGUCUGUGAUCAGAGGAGUAACAUAGCAGAUAUUAAAAUACGAGGGAUGGACGCCUCCGUUUCUGUGACACCCCGGCAGACUGACGUGUUCGCCAGACUAGAGAACAUCAUCGUCAGGAACGCGGAUGUCCUGUCCCUCCACAAGCAGGCCGUCUCCAUUUUGGGAGAUGAAGUCUUCAGGUUCCAGAUGACUCUGUAUCCAGGUGCAACAGAAGGGCAGGCCUACACUGAUAUGUCUAAAGUAGAUGGCAGACUGAGUCUCAAAGUGGGAUGUAUUCAAAUCGUUUAUGUUCAUAAAUUCUUCAUGUCUCUUUUGAACUUUCUCAACAAUUUCCAAACUGCUAAAGAAACCUUGAGUGCAGCCACAGCACAGGCUGCGGAGAGAGCUGCUUCCAGCAUGAAGGACCUGGCGCAGAAGAGCUACCGACUCCUGAUGGACAUCUAUCUGAAAGCACCUGUCAUUGUCAUUCCCCAGUCUUCAGUGUCCCCAAAUGCAGUCAUAGCAGAUCUGGGUCUAAUCAGAGUUGAAAAUGCAUUUAGCUUGGUUCCUAUGGAACAGUAUUCCCUCCCCCCUGUCCUUGAUAAAAUGAAAGUCCAGCUUACUCAGUUGAAGCUGUCCAGAACUAUUUUGCAAGCUGGCUUGCCACAGAAUGAUAUUGAAAUUUUAAAACCAGUCAAUAUGCUUUUGUCCAUACAACGGAAUUUAUCAGCAACAUGGUAUGUGCAAAUUCCAGGCAUGGAAAUAAAAGGAAAACUGAAACCUAUGCAGGUUGCUCUCAGUGAAGAUGACCUGACAGUGCUAAUGAAGAUCUUGCUGGAGAACCUUGGGGAGGCUUCGUCACAGCCCAGUCCUACCCAGUUGGCACAGGAAGCUGUAAGAGUGAAGAAAGACACUCAGAGUGGGCCCGACUGCCUCAAAGAACAAGAUCUGAGAGACCCAAAGCCUUCCAUGGACCAGGAGGUCACACUUCAGUUCGACUUCCACUUUGACUCUCUUUCCAUUAUCCUUUAUAACAAUGAUGUCAAUCAGGACCCGGAACUUUCAUUUCAUAAUGAGAGCUUCCGUCUCGGAGAGCUCAGACUACAUCUGAUGGUGUCUGCAGGGAGGAUGUUCAAGGACGGCUCAAUGGAUGUCAGCCUUAAACUUAAGACUUGCACGCUUGAUGACCUCAGAGAAGGAAUUGAGAGAGCAAGCUCCAGGAUGAUUGACAAAAAGAGUGAUCAAGAUGGCAGCAGUUCUAUGAUUGAUGUAAGUUACAGACAGGAUGCAAGUGGACGUCAGGUCAGCGCUGUGCUUGACAAGCUGUAUGUGUGCGCCAGCGUGGAGUUCCUGAUGACCGUGGCAGAUUUCUUCCUCAAAGCUGUGCCCCAGAGUCCAGAAACCAUGGCAAAAGAAAUACAGAUCCCAACCAGGCACACUGCCACAGGGAGAGGCAAGGCGGAGAAAGAUGAUCCUGUGAGGCCGAAUAUGACAUUGAAGGCUGUGAUCACAGACCCGGAAGUGGUAUUUGUUGCCAACCUGACGAAGGCCGACGCUCCUGCGCUGACAGCCUCCUUCCAGUGUAACCUCUCGCUGUCAACGUCCAGGCUGGAGCAGAUGAUGGAAGCUUCUGUGAGAGACCUGAAAGUGCUCGCCUGCCCUUUCCUCAGAGAGAGGAGGGAGAACAACACUACCACAGUCUUACAGCCCUGCUCGUUAUCUAUGGAAAAAUGUACAUGGGCCUCAGGAAAACAAAACAUAAAUAUUAUGGUUAAAGAAUUUAUAAUUAAGAUUUCACCUAUAAUUCUUAAUACUGUGAUGACAAUCAUGGCUGCUAUGUCACCAAAGCCAAAGGAAGAUGAAGGGAAAGCUUCUGCUAAGGACCCGGAGGACCUCUGGGGUGUCAGGUCUCUCAGCAACUAUAACUCGUGGUUUCUUGGUGUGGAUGUGGCGACAGAGAUCACUGAAAACUUCAGUGAGGUUGACCGUCCACCGACAGAGGAAAACUGUGCUGUGGCUGUAGAGUCCAUUCAAGUCACCUUAGAGUGUGGUCUGGGCCACCGAACUGUGCCCUUACUGUUGGCAGAGGCCACGUUUUCAGGAAAUAUUAAAAACUGGACCUCUCUGAUGGCUGCCGCCGCUGACAUGACCCUGGAGGUUCACUAUUACAAUGAAACCCAUGCUGUGUGGGAGCCCCUGAUUGAAAGAGUGGAGGGGAAGAAGCCGUGGAACUUGAGGCUGAACGUCAAGAAGAACCCAACGCAGGACAAAAGUCUGAUGCCUGGCGAUGACUGCAUUCCUGAGGCACGGAUGGCAGUUCACAUUUCCUCCGGAGACACCAUGAACAUCACAGUCUCGAAAAGUUGUCUCAGUGUCUUCAGCAAUUUAGCAAAAGGCUUCUCCGAGGGCACCGCCUCCACGUUCGACUACUCUCUGAAAGACAGGGCUCCUUUCACGGUGAGAAAUGCCAUGGGCAUUCCCGUGAAGGUGCAGCCCAGUCGCAAGCUGAGGAUCACGGGUACCCCUGAGAAAAGUGAUGUUUCUGAUGUGGACGCUGGCCAGAGUUUGGAGCUGGAUUACGCCAGCGUGGAGCCGUCGCAGCAAGGGAAGCUGUCCGUCCUGAGCCGCCAGGAGAGCUCCCUCCUCACGCUCAGCUUUGUGCCAUAUGGGUAUACGGAAGUGGCAAAUAUUCCCGUUGCCCGCCCUGGACGGCGACUGUACAACGUACGGAACCCCAGUGCCAGUCGCUGUGACUCAGUGUUGGUGCAGAUUGAUGCAACCGAAGGGAGUAAAGUUGUCACCCUGCGCUCACCUCUGCAGAUUAAAAACCAUUUCUCCAUUCCUUUUAUCAUCUAUAAAUUUGUUAAGAAUGUUAAGCUGUUGGAGCGCAUUGGAAUUGCCAGGCCGGAAGAGGAAUUCCAUGUCCCCUUAGAUUCAUACAGAUGUCAGUUGUUUGUGCAGCCAGCCGGCGCAUUAGAGCGUCAGUACCGAGAGUCCACCACCUACAUCUCCUGGAAGGAGGAGCUGCACCGGAGUGCGGAAGUCCGGUGCAUGCUGCAGUGUCCUGCCGUGGAGGUCAACUUCCUGCCGCUCAUCGUGGGCACUGUCGCUCUGCCUGAUGAGUUAAACUAUAUCAGCGCCCAUGGAGAAGACUGGGAUCCGGCCUACAUUAUUCAUCUUUACCCUUCUCUCACUUUGCGGAAUCUUCUCCCCUAUUCUCUAAGAUACUUACUUGAGGGAACGGCAGAAACUCACGAGCUGGCGGAGGGCAGUGCUGCCGACGUUCUCCACACGCGCAUCAGUGGAGAAGUCAUGGAAUUAGUGCUGGUCAAGUACCUGGGCAAAAACUGGACGGGACAUUUCCGCAUAUGUGAUACGCUUCCUGAAUUCUUCCUUGUGUGUUUUACUUCGGAAUCCACCGAAGUGAUGACCGUCGACCUGUCAGUACACGUCAGGCGGAUUGGCAGCCGAGUAGAGCUGUCUGUCUUCAGUCCCUAUUGGUUAAUCAACAAAACUUCUCGGGUUCUCCAGUAUCGCUCCGAAGAGGUUCACGUGAAGCAUCCAGCUGACUUCAGGGACAUCAUCCUAUUCUCCUUCAAGAAGAAGAACGUUUUUAGUAAGAAUAAGGUACAAUUGAAAAUUUCUACUAGUGCCUGGUCCAAUAGUUUCUCGUUGGAUACAGUGGGAAGUUAUGGGUGUGUGAAGUGCCCCGCCAACAAUAUGGAAUAUCUGGUUGGUGUCAGCAUCAAAAUGAGCAGUUUUAAUCUCUCACGAAUAGUCACUCUGACUCCCUUUUGUACCAUUGCAAACAAGUCCUCCUUGGAGCUAGAAGUUGGUGAGAUUGCUUCUGAUGGUUCAAUACCAACCAAUAAGUGGAACUACAUUGCUUCUUCAGAGUGCCUUCCAUUUUGGCCUGAAAAUUUGUCAGGCAAGCUUUGUGUGAGAGUGGUGGGCUUUGAAGGAUCUUCCAGGCCAUUCUUUUAUAAUCGACAAGAUAACGGCACUUUACUGAGCUUAGAAGAUCUGAAUGGAGGUAUCUUAGUGAAUGUAAACACUGCUGAGCACUCAACUGUCAUAACGUUUUCCGAUUACCACGAAGGCGCUGCCCCAGCCCUGAUAAUGAACCACACGCCGUGGGACAUCCUCUCCUAUAAACAGAGCGGGUCACAGGAAGAAAUGAUAUUGCUGCCACAACAAGCUCGACUCUUCGCCUGGGCAGAUCCCACUGGCACCAGGAAGCUCACGUGGAGAUACGCAACUAGUCUUGGGGAACACGAUCUGUUGAAGGAUGAAUGUGGACAGUUUCCUUAUGAUGCCAAUAUCCAGAUACACUGGGUGUCCUUCCUAGACGGACGCCAGAGAGUCCUGCUGUUCACAGAUGACGUUGCUGUAGUCUCCAGAGCCCUGCAGGCAGAAGAAAUGGAGCAGGCUGAUCAGGAGAUGGCCUUGUCUCUGCACAGUCUCGGGCUCUCCCUGGUUAACAACGACAACAAGCAGGAAGUGUCCUAUGUCGGCAUCACCAGUUCUGGUAUUAUUUGGGAGAUGAAACCAAAACAGAAGUGGAAGCCUUUUCAUCAGAAGCAGAUCCUCUUACUGGAACAGGCUUAUCAGAAACACCAGGCAUCACGAGACCGUGGCUGGAUUAAGCUAGACAGCAAUUUCGAGGUCAAUUUUGAUAAAGAUCCAAUGGAAAUGCGCCUUCCCAUUCGGUGCCCGGUUAGACGAGGUUUUCUGUCAGGCGUUCAGAUUGAAUUUAAGCAAUCUCCUCACCAGAGAAGUCUAAGGGCCAGGCUGUGCUGGCUUCAGGUAGAUAAUCAGUUACCAGGCACAAUGUUCCCUGUCGUCUUUCAUCCUGUGGCCCCUCCAAAAUCUGUUGCUUUGGAUUCAGAGCCCAAACCUUUCAUUGAUAUAAGUGUGAUCACGAGAUUUAAUGAAUACAGUAAAAUCUUACAGUUCAAGUACUUUAUGGUUCUCAUUCAGGAAAUGGCCUUUAAAGUUGAUCAGGGGUUUCUUGGAGCUAUUUUGGCACUGUUUACCCCAACAACUGACCCUGAAGCUGAAAAAAAGCGGGUGAAGUUAAUCCAACAAGAUAUUGAUGCUCUCAACACAGAAUUAAUGGAGACGUCCAUGACUGACAUGUCCACGCUUAGUUUCUUCGAACAUUUUCAUAUUUCUCCUGUUAAGUUGCAUUUGAGUCUGUCUUUGGGUUCUGGCGGUGAUGAAUCAGACAAAGAGAAACAGGAAAUGGUUGCAAUUCAUUCUGUCAACCUGUUGUUGAAGAGCAUAGGUGCUACUCUGACCGACGUGGAUGACCUCAUAUUCAAGCUUGCUUAUUAUGAAAUUCGCUAUCAGUUUUACAGGCGCGAUCAGCUCAUGUGGAGUGUUGUUAGGCAUUACAGCGAACAGUUCUUGAAACAGAUGUAUGUCCUUGUAUUGGGCUUAGAUGUGCUUGGCAACCCAUUUGGAUUAGUCAGAGGCCUGUCUGAGGGAGUUGAAGCACUGUUCUAUGAGCCCUUCCAGGGUGCUGUUCAGGGCCCUGAGGAAUUUGCUGAAGGACUGGUGAUUGGAGUGAGAAGUCUCUUUGGACACACAGUAGGUGGCGCAGCAGGCGUUGUGUCUCGAAUCACUGGCUCUGUUGGGAAAGGUCUGGCAGCCAUUACGAUGGACAAGGAGUACCAGCAGAAGAGAAGAGAAGAGAUGGGUCGGCAGCCCAAAGACUUUGGAGACAGUCUGGCCCGAGGAGGAAAGGGCUUCUUAAGAGGAGUUGUUGGCGGGGUGACGGGAAUCAUAACGAAGCCUAUGGAAGGUGCCAGAAAGGAGGGAGCUGCUGGCUUCUUUAAAGGCAUUGGAAUGGGGCUUGUGGGUGCGGUGGCUCGUCCGACAGGCGGGAUCAUAGACAUGGCCAGUAGCACCUUCCACGGCAUUCAGAGGGUGGCAGAGUCAACUGAGGAAGUGUGUAGCCUCCGUCCGCCUCGCCUGAUCCACGAAGACGGCAUCAUUCGCCCGUACGACAGGCAGGAAUCCGAGGGCUAUGACUUAUUUGAGCAAGAACUGGAAAUACAAGAGUAAAUGUUUCCUAUACUGCUUGAUUUCAUCCUUAAAACUCAAACCAGCUGUGGUAUUAACUGACUGUGUGUGAUGUAGACUGAGAGUCAAUUUUAAUGAGCGUUUCUUUAUAACUCUCACUCUCACCCGAAUUUGUCAUAGUAGUGUCUUGACCACAAGUAAAAAUGGUAGUAUCUGAUAAUUCCACACUUGGGGACACAGGGACGAAUGAUUCAGGGUGCAGGACAUCAGUGCUUCUCCAUUUUGUAGAUGAAAGGAUAGUAGACUCAGAGAAGAUGCUUUUACUGUGAUUUUGGAAAUUUUAAUUUUGUUACAGAAUAUUCAUGUAUAUUUCAAGUAAAGUUAAAAAAGUCACUAAUGUCCAAUGUAGUGAAUAUCUUAUGCUUGAGAAUUUUGACAAUAGAAUUACAUAGAUUUCUACUCAACCUAUCUCCUCCAAAUUUACCCAAGUUAAGGGACUAUUAAUCUUGUGCAUAUGUUUGUAUUACUGGUAUAUCAGGCCCUGUCUGUCCUUAGACCUGAGGUGAGAGCUGGCAUAUGAUUUGGAGGAAAACUUAUCCCACCCUCUAUCCUUGGCCUUUCUUCGUUUCUUUUCUCUCUUCUGAAAGGGUCUCUGUAGUCCAGGUUGGCCUCAAACUCACUCUGUACCUGAGGAUGGCCGACCUUGAGCUCGCAGUCGUCCCGCCUCCUCCUCUGAGGCACUGGGUCACAGGCGCGUCCUGCCGCCUGGCUCCGUGCUGCGGGGGUGAGAUCCAGGGCUCCAUGCGUGCGAGGCAAGCACUCCGCCAUUUGAACUCCUGCGCUCAGAAAUUCCCUUGUCUUUUCUUUCUUAACCUUGAGUGCAGUCGCUGGGUAGGCAGCCGUGAUUUUAUUGCUGUGCUGCAUGCGUUUCAGGUCUGUAGCAUCAGUGCUUCCCAGCGUCGAGCCCCCCUGUUGGCUGUGCUAGCUUCACAGUAGCUGCCUUUCCUUACUGUGAGUAGAGGCAGAGCCUGUGAUCAGCCGAAUUAUUGAUGUGGUAGUUGAAGGCACAACACCUUUUUUUGUUGUAAAACCAACUUUAUGGUUUUUAUCCUUUCGAAUCAUCUAUAACGAGAACAAAAAUAAUUAUCAAUUACCAUUUUGAAUUUAGUACCCCCAUAGUUAAUUUUCACAAUAAGUUGUAUUUUAAUUUCUUCUUAGAAAAUGGAAAUACUUAAUUUGAUGAUUUAACAAUAUCUUAAUUCACAGCUUUUACAUUCUCCCUAAAAUUGGAGCCAAAGCACUGACUUGAUUUGCAUUGUCUUGUAUAUUUAAAGACAGUGAAUUCAUUGGGAUGGUCAUGGCUGGUCUGUUGGGUUAAUAUUUUUAAAGUGUAGUUAUCAAGCCAGACGUGAUGGCACACGCCUUUAAUCCCAGCACUAGGGAGGCAGAGGUAGGAGGAGUGCUGUGAGUUCGAGGGCAUCCUGAGACCCCAUAGUGAAUUCCAGGUCAGCCUGAGCCAGAGUGAGACUCUACCUCACAAAACAAAACAAAUAAAGAGUAGUUAUCAAAAUAAUUGAGUGAUUUGCAUUUAAAACAAGCCUUUAAAAGAAAAGGCACACAAAUACCAGACUGCACUGAACGGAUAUAAAGAAGUGGUUUCUGUCCUUGGGAUGGGAUGUAGCUCAGGCGGGGUAUUGCCUAGAAUCCACAAGGUCCUGGGUUCAAGCCCUAUCCUGUUCCUCUCCCAGGUAAUCAAAACAGAACAAGACUUCUGUGCUUAUGGGACCAAGUAUAGCAAAACCUAUAAAUAAUAGCUAGGAAGCUUUUCUUGUACCUAGAUUUUUGAGGAUAGGCAAAACCGCCACAACUUGGACAGUUUUCUGUGAGAGUCAAGCACAACCAUUCAUCUUACAGUGCACUGCAACAGUGUCACUAAUUGUCCUUCCAAAGAUUCUUGGGUAAAAGUUGUAAUUUUUAGUUUUCUUGGACACAUCCUACAUAUAACUUGAGAUUUUUUUUUCUAAUUGUUUGCCUGUUGUUCUUAGCUCCUUGUGUUACUUUGUCUUGUGAUUUCUCCUUUUUAUAAUUGUAUGUCAGUAAACACAAAACUUGGAGAAACUUACUUUAGCUAGAUGUAGUCAUAUUGUCUGCUUUGUUCGUUUUUAUGAAUAUAUCAGACAACCCUUUAAACUUUUAAUAUACUGUUAUGAUUGCUAGACAAGCAGAAUGUACAAGUGUCGGGCACUGGUGAGGAAUGUAGGUUGUGUCACCUCUUGCUCAUCUUGCUCGCUCAGCCCGUUAGUUGGGUAAGAAGUACAUAUUGAUGAGGCUCUUCUACAUAGCUAAACAUUUCUUUCCUAAAGAGACCAAAUGUAACUAAAUGUGUAAGUAGCUCCGAGUACCGGAGCGUCAAUUGAUAGCUCUCUGACUCAUGUAAUAGUGCUGCGCUCCAAAUGCUGAAUCUGGAGUUAUUCGUCCCCAUUUUUCCCCCUUACAAGUAUUUCUCCACGUUCUCUACUCUUUCACUUUGAAAAUUCCUGAAUCAUAUGCUGUGUCUUCUUAGGAAAUAAUCUGUUUGUCCUCUUUGGAUAAUUACUGUUACACUGUACAUAUGUAUAUGCAUGUAUAUUUAUGUACAUGUACCUAGUUUUAUUUAAUAUUUAUUUUGGUUCAGAGUCUUAAGAUCAUAUUAGAUAUAAAAUGAUAUCCUUGGCCUUUUCUGUUUAAACAGUUUUCCAUGCAUAGAAAUGUUUCAUUUGCUUUUUAACUCUUGCAUUAUCCCCUGUCGAAGUAACUUCCUUUGGUAUAUUUGACUAUUCUCAAUUUCUGACAUUAGUUUCUGUUAUUUUACUUUGGCAGUAGUAAUUCUGUGAUAAAUAUCACUCUACACUUUGCUUUUCUAUAACUUGUGCUACUUCCUUACAAUUGAUUUGGAGAAAAAAGAAACAAUGGGUAAAGGACUUUCGUAAUGUAUUGUUUCGUUCCUGAAGCUGAGUUUGGGAAGGGAGUAUUACUAAUGUGGUCCGCUUCUGCCAUCAGUGACUGGAUACCUUAACUCGAAUUUCGGGGUGUAGUGGGUUUGUGGCUCUGAAGGGGCUUCAGAGUAUGUCCUAGUGAGAAGUCAUACCUGAGCAGCUGUUAGGGGCCAAAGCACAUAGCCUAAUUGCUGACAAAGUGCACACAGGGCAAAACUGCAUCCAAGAAAAGAAGUAGGAAGUAGUCUGCUUGAAGCUCUAAUGUAAACACUGUGAUGCAUUUAAACUUCAAGCUAAUGAUAACUGCACUAAAUUAUUCAGUGCAUUAUUAUAUUAUUUUCCCCCUUUCUCUGAAGAAUUGAGGCAUUGAUGGCAGACGAUUUUAGCUGAUUUACACAGGCGAGCUGUGAAACAGUUGACCAUUGCUGUAAAAACUGUGAUGUUCUCUGAGACAUUCUAAAGAAGAGACCUCAGUUCUGAAGGGAGUUCUCUUCCAUGAUCAUAGCUUUGUGUGGUUGUAAAGGAUGACCACAGACCAACGUCUUCCAGAAAUGUGGGUUCUGUCCCCAGUAUUUAAGCCUUGAAAUAAUGGCAUCAAGUCUACUUUCUACGCUUAUGAUUACACUGGUUAUGUCAUCCUUUAAAAAGACUGGUGGUGUGUUCUGAGUUAUAAAAUGCAGUGGUCUUAUUCAUCCAGCAUGCCUGUCUGCAUUUUAUUUUUAUAUACUAUUUGAUCUUUAAUCAUGCAUUAUAGAUAUUAAUAAUUCUCUUCCAUUGACAUUUGUUAUAAAAAAACUUGUUUUUAAUAUGUGUUUACUAAUUCAAAUCAAUAGUUUUUAAGAUACUUGAAAAAGAGAAUAUUUUACUGUGCUACACUUUAUAUUUGCAUUAUUUUGGCUUGUAUUUGUCUUUAGAAAUAAAUCAUGCCAGCUGUUUUGAAAUGCUAGUUCUUUGUAUUUGUAUUAGUGACAGCUUCUUGUUUGUCAGAAAUAUAAGUUCAUAUAUAAGUGCUA